AUGAUAGCGUGCUUGAACCAAGCUGUCGUGUGCGUGCGGCUUUGUGUGCGGCCCCCUCGUCCACCACAUCUCAAGUGUUGUUCCUUCAUAGUCUGUUUCUCCAACAAGACCACCACAUACCCAUUCUCCAUGUCAUAUUUGACCCCUCCUAGCUCGGGAAGGAGAGGUGCCUGGCACACAUCCGGUACGUAUCCUAUCCUUGACCGGUUCAUCCCCCACAUAUCUGCCAACAGCCAAAGCCAAACGCCAGUACAGCACACAACACAAGACGAGGCUUUCAACGGCAGGCGCCAUUUACAUCUGGGGGUUCAACGGAAUGGCACAAGGGGCUUGCUAUUUUAUGAGGAUGAUCCUAGAAGCAUAACCGCCGGAACUUUCAACAUAGGUGAUCUCGAUGAAGCUUCACAGGGCGCUGAAAGGUCAGGCAGUAACCAUUCGGCCAGUCAAACGACGAAGAAAGUGUCUAAAAAGGCUGCUCAAAAUGAUCUUGCCCAAGCGUUGGGGCUCCCUUCUGGAAAACGAGUACUGUGCUAUUCUCCAGUCUCGUUAACCAAGUCAAAAAGACGCCAUAAUCACUCGCCUAUAUCAAUGGGGAGUAUUCCAAAAUUGUCCCUCUCCCUGAACGUGAAAACGAACCCAAAAAAGAAGAAAGUAGCCAAACCGGAGGUCUCUUUCAAGGUUCUUGAUGCUCCAGGAUUAAGAAAUGACUUCUACUCGAAUUUGGUAUCGUGGUCAGCUACUUCCAAUAAAGUAGCAGUUGGACUCAAUUGCGCCGUGUAUGUCCGCAGUGAGAUCGGGGAGACUGUUCCUGUGGAUCUUAACGAUGACGAAGUCAUAACUUGCGUUUCCUUCUCGUUCCACGAUUUGUUGGCAAUCGGAACUAAAACAGGAAGAAUAAUUCUGUGCACGCCUUCCAACAACAAGGUAGAAUGGUCAGAAAUUCUACGGCCAAGUACUGGAGUCAGCUGCAUUCUUUGGUUCAAAGACUCCAAGAUAUUCAUUGCGGGUGACGAAUUGGGUGACAUAACAUUUUACCAGGUCGAGACGACACCCACGGGGCACAAAUUCUCGGUGAAAUUGUCCAUGAGGUGUCACCAACAACAAAUUUGUGGCAUAGCAUUGAGUAGAGACCAAAAACAGAUCACAGUUGGCGGCAACGACAACUGUUGUACGGUAUGGGACAUCUCAGACAUUGCAUCCCCACAACUGAGAUUCUAUCUUCCCCACAAGGCCGCAGUCAAGGCAAUUGCAUAUUGUCCUUGGUCUCCAUCUUUGAUUGCCACGGGAGGCGGUUCAAAAGACCGCAUGAUUAAGUUCUGGCAUGCAAACUCUGGUACUUUACUAGAUUCUUUCAAUGCUAAAGGCCAAAUCACUUCUUUGGUAUGGUCAAAGUCAAAGAAACAGAUUCUUGCCACAUUCGGGUUCAGCGAUUUUGAAGAGCCGUGUCUGAUCUGUGUCUACUCGUAUCCAUCAAUGAAGCCAGUGGUUCAGGUCCCAGCUAGCAGUGGUAUGAGGGUGCUGAGCGCGGUCCAAUCCCCAGAUUCCAAGUCCAUAUGCACUGCUAUCAACGACCAAUCGGUGAGAUUCUAUGACUUUUGGGAGUCCAGCAUAUGGUUGACAUCAGGAUCGCAGGAAAGGGGUCUUUUCGGAAGCGAGAUCAUCGAGCUAUCAGAAGGAGUAAGCAAAGAUCAUGGGGUCAUUAGAUGA